AAACAGUUUACUGGCAGGUAAGAUACCAUUUCUUUGCUUUGCUUAGUUUGGUUCCAUAUUUGUGUUCCACAAGAAACACUAACUCUACCUUUGCUUCACACUCUUGGGCACUAUUUUAUAAAGUUCAAGCUCAUUUGCAUUUACUAUUAUCAUUGAGUUUAUUGGAAGACUGAAAUGGAGAGAGCUCUUCUGGUUGGGGUGGUUUUCGUGCUUUUGUUUGGAGUUGGAAUGAGCAUUCCAUUCAAUGAGAAGGAUCUCGAGUCGGAGGAGAGUCUGUGGGAUUUAUAUGAGAGGUGGAGAAGCUAUCACACGGUGACAAGAGAUAUCGUCGAGAAGCAUAGGAAGUUCAACGUGUUCAAAGCAAAUGUUCGGUACAUUCAUGAAUUCAAUAAGAACGAUGCGCCUUACAAGUUAAGGCUCAACAAGUUCGGAGACUUGACUAACGAAGAAUUUCGGAAGACAUAUGCUGGCUCUAGAAUAAAUCAUCAUAUGAUGUUUCGAGGAGAACCGCGUGGCACUAGUAACUUCACCCACGCUAAGACUAAUGAUCUCCCUGUCUCCAUGGAUUGGAGGCAGAAGGGGGCCGUUACUGGUGUCAAAGAUCAAGGAUAUUGUGGGAGUUGUUGGGCAUUCUCGACCGUGGUUGCUGUUGAAGGAAUAAACAAAAUCAAGACAAACAAGUUAUUAUCUUUGUCCGAACAAGAGCUAAUUGACUGUGACAAAGGUGAAAAUCAAGGUUGUAACGGAGGACUCAUGGACCUAGCAUUUGACUUCAUCAAGAAAAUUGGUGGGCUAACAACUGAGGUCAACUAUCCUUAUGAAGCAGAAGAAGGAACUUGUGAUACAUUAAAGGAAAACUCACCUCUUGUGGUAAUUGAUGGGCAUGUCAAUGUCCCUGAAAAUGAUGAAGAUGCUCUACUGAAAGCAGUAGCCAAUCAACCUGUUUCAGUUGCUAUUGAAGCAAGUGGCACUGAUUUUCAAUUCUACUCUGAGGGAGUGUUCACUGGAGAAUGUGGCACAGACCUAGAUCAUGGGGUUGCCAUUGUUGGAUAUGGAAUCACUCAAGAUGGGACCAAAUACUGGACCGUAAAGAACUCAUGGGGGCCGGAAUGGGGUGAGAAAGGUUACAUUAGGAUGCAACGAGGCACAUCAAGAAAAGGAGGACUAUGUGGUAUUGCAAUGGAAGCAUCAUACCCUAUCAAAACAUCAUCUAAUCCCACUGAAAAGAAGACGAAAACUCACAAAGAUGAACUCUAAAAGUUUUUUAAACUUCUAGGAGCAUCUGUUAUGACCGAAAGUCCACAAACUUAUCUUAUUUCUAGUCGUUCAUGUCAUAUAAGCAUCAAUGUUACUAGUAAUAAAUCAAACAAAUUAAGCUUUGUUUGAAAAUUUGAGUGUAAGAAUUUGUUUUCAUGAUCA